UUGGCCGGAGGAAACGUCAAUUAUUUUUCUGGGGAUUUGUAACCGGGGUUAAUCAUGUCAGUGGUUUAAACAAACGUCAGAUCACAGAUGUGCCUGCAUCAUUAAGAGACCUCGUGGAUUGAAGGAGGAGUAACACAUCACGUCUGUAGUAAUGCUGUCACCGCUGCCUUAAAUCUGCCACCUCGUCUUCUCUUCUGAUAUUAUGAAGAUAGAAUCCGGUUAAAGAGAAUCCUUUUUAAAACUGGAAAUAAUCUAAUGCGUGAAGAUUGUGAGGAUUGACAGCUCAAUUAAAGUUGAGAAGGUACUGCAGCACAGAGAAAUAUACAGCGGGUCACAGGGGGCAGCCUGGAGGGCAGGAGAGGAAAACAAUGAGAAACAAACCAAACAGAAGAUACAAGCAAGAAUACUGAGACUUGAUAUCAGACAUGUAUUUGUUGAGGCCAGAUAUGAAGCCUGAACAUGCGUUUUACCAGGAAUACAGCAAGGAAGAAUUGGAAGAAUUGAUAGCCACCAAUCCAUAUGACUACAAACACUGUAAUCUAGAAAUGAAAAGACAUGAUCUGGCAUAUGCAAGGCCAAUUCAUGAGCCGGACGUCUGUAUUACAAUCAGUGGAAGAGACAAUGUGGGCAGAUCUUUUCCUGGUGAUGAAGUCUGUGUGGAGAUUGAGAGACAAGAACAGUCUCCAUGGGAAGGUGAAGAGCUAAAGGGAAAAGUCACUGGAUUGAUGAACAGAGAUGUAAAGAACCUGACCUUUAUCUGUAGGAUGAUGGAAAACCAGUCUAAAAUUGUCACGCCUGUUCACAAUAACAUGACCAGAAUACUGACAAUUCAAAAAAUGUCUGGACACAUUGAAAUACGAGAACAGAAGGAUGGAAGGUGGGGGACGAAGGAAUUCAUAAAGGAUUCUGGGGAUCAAUUGUUAUUUGUCAAGGUCAUCAAAUGGGAAAACAAAAAGAUUUUUCCACUCGGGGUGGUUACAGCAGUAAUUGAAGAUGCUGUUCAGCUUCUCAAGUUUAAGCUUGAUUAUAAAGAUCCGCCAUCAUUCAAACCACAAGAACCUGAAAAUGCUAUAAAAAGGAAAGAUUUGUGUGACGCCAUAACUUUCACAGUUGACCCUAGUACAGCUCAAGACCUGGAUGAUGCCAUUAGUGUUACUAAAAUCAAUGAUGACACCUACCAGAUAGGUAUUCAUAUCACAGAUGUGGCGAGUUGCAUUAAAAAAGAUAGUGAGCCAGAUGAAUUUGCUAGAGAACUUGGCAAAACCAUUUACACUCAAGAGAAGGAAGAGGUAACCUUCAUGUUUUCAAGAGAACUGAGCGAAGAGCAUUUAAGUUUGAGAACAGGAGAAAAACGUAAAGCCAUAUCUUUACUGAUAGAUAUUGACAAGGAAACGAGCAAAAUUGUCUCCUGGGUCUAUGCUUUAACCUACAUUAUGUCUAACAAACGUCUUUCAUAUGAAGAAGCGAACAAAAUAAUUCUGGAAUAUUGCUUCGAUAACACGGAGCCUCUGCAAUUCUCCGGAGUCGAGGACUGUGUAGCUGUUGCCUGCCAUUUCUCUGAAGUGCACAGAAAGUUUAGGUUGGAAGGGGGGUGGCCCUUAGAGAAGCAACCAGGGCAGAGUCGCUCUCACGCCAUGGUGGAGGAGCUCAUGAACCUCUACAAUAACGCUGUAGCUGAAGAACUUCUCUCUAAUGACAUCACAAGGGAUCUCACACCACUGAGGUGCCACAGACAGCCAGAUCCUGAACAACUGGAACAGUUUCAGGAGAAAUACUGUGACCUAAUUCCCAUGUCACUUUACUUUUCAAGUAUGUGUGAAGCAACUGAGAGUGUCGAACAGUGUCAAGAGGAGGUUUGGUCAACAAUAGAAAACAACAAUAUAAAGAAUAUCCACAACAAUGACAAGGGGCAAGACAUAUUGUUGAACAUUUUCACCUCUAUCUUUGAGAAAAUGGAAGCUUUUGCACAGAACCAAGACUACUACAGACUGGUGCAAUUAUUAACUUCAGACGAAAUACAUCCUACCCUUCGGCCCAUGGUACAGGAGUUUCAUGAAAUUCAAAGAAAAGCUUUCAUUCUCCGGUCCUGCUCAUCAACGGAUUCCAGAUUGGGUCAUUACGACUUGCGGCUGAACGCAUACACCUGGGCAUCAUCUCCUAUGAGGCGUUAUCUAGACCUGAUCCUGCAGAGGCUUUUGCACACCAUUCUCUCUAAGAAUGAAUUAAGACAACCAGAUUACACAAAAGUUGAAAUCGACGAGUUCUGUCAGUCUGGAACGGAAGUAGAAGAGAAGCAUGAUGCUCAAGUUUUGAUGCUGAGGGAGAUUCAGCUUCUGUCUUUUAAAACCGUUGUCAGGCUAGCAGUGGUGGACCAGCUAAUUCAGGAUAGGCACAAUUUCACAAUAUCAUUUCCACUACAUCCGAUGUCAGAGGCUAUCCAAAUCAUGUACAGACACCUUAAAGUUGUGUCUCAGCCUAAAUACAACGAAGAAAAUAAAUCCACUUCUCUUGUUUGGAAGAGGCGAAUAUAUUCAUUCAAGUCUUCCCAGAUUUCAUUUAUAUCAAAGCCUAUCAAAAAUGUGAUCCCGGUAUCAGGUAACAUGUGGCAGAAGUUGUUAUCUGUCACGAAAGAAGAGGACUGGGCCAAGAUAGGGCAAUGCCUGCGUGACAUGAAAGCAGAGGUAGAAAAAGAAACCUCAAGCCCUGUGAAGGAUGAGACUUCCCCAAAAGAGAAGCACCUUAAGGUACUAACCAUGGAACUGAAGCUAGGAAUGGAUGUUCAAGUGCAAAUUGGGACCGAACUCAAGGAUGGUUUUAAAGCACCUGUAGUACAACUGCUCAACAUUAAUGAAAACUUUGAGAUCUGUUUGGAGCACUCAAGAAACCCUACUGAAUGCUUCUCCAGAGUAGUAUGCAUGGCAUCACAACCCAAGUAUAGAAGCUAUAAGGAGUACCAGAACAUCUGGAGUCGACUAUGUCAGAUAGACACAGCUUACAAUGCUCUUGAAGAAAACAACAGUGUCAUAAUAGAGGAUGUGCCUAUUAAAUGGUUCGGGGACAAAAAGGGUAAUUUUCGUAUAACGAAGACUCAAAGAAAAUUAUGGUCUCUAGAGUUUGACCUUAGGAACUGCUUUCUAUGCAUUCGGCUAAGGCAUCAGAAAGAAGGGAACUGUAAGAAAGGAGUGAAACCAUCAAAUUGUUUGGAAGAUUUGGAUCUGCAGGGUCCACUACCUUUAACCUGGGUUGUACAUGGAGUAGCCACUAAAUCAACGGAGCCGAAGGACAAAAACAAAGAGCAAGCAUCAGGUCAAAUUAGUUUUGAGAUCAUACAAAGCUCUAUGCCCGCCAUCCCACCUAAGGUUCUUGAUAGUAAAACAAGAUUCACCAUUGAGGUCAUUCCCAAAAAAAUCCCAUACCUACUUAGGGAACAAGCUGUUGCAAAGUUACAAGAGGCUAACAAACUGGUGAAAAGUGUUGCCACUGGACAAAAUGAAGGUGUGAUUUGGGAUCCAAAAAUCAGAUUGUACACCAUGGACAAGAGCCUGAAACUACCCCCCUUGAAUAAAAGUCAACAAAGAGCAGUUGAUGAUGCUCUAAGGAAACCUUUCACAGUGAUCCAAGGCCCACCAGGAACAGGGAAAACGGUUGUUGGUAUUCACAUUGUUUACCAGUUUUUCAACAAAAACAAAGAGUUUGUGCCCACUUCCUCCGAUUCGUCGUGUGCAGCUCAGAAACGGCAAAAAAAGCCUGCUAUACUGUACUGCGGACCAUCCAACAAGUCUGUUGACAUUGUUGCAGAGCAGUUGUUGAAGCUAAAAGGAGUCCUCAAGCCUCUGAGAAUCCACUGCGAUCAGAUGGAAAUGCGUGAGUUUCCAUAUCCAGGCAGCAACCUAAAGCUUUGUCACAAAUCCCUUCGUGAAGAAAAACCAAAAGAGGAGCUCAGAGAUAUUAUGCUGAUGCAUCUUGUCCGUAAGCCUGAAAACCCUUUUUCUGAAAAAAUUAAAGACUUUGAAAAAAACAUGACAGAGGAUCAAAUAGACAGCUACAGGAAACUCUUGAAAAAAGCUCAACAGCACGAGAUUCAGAAGCACGACGUCAUUCUGUGCACCUGCUCAUCAGCACUGAAUCCCAAUCUAAAGGUGAUGGACUUCCGGCAGAUUCUCAUCGAUGAAUGUGCCAUGGCAACGGAGCCGGAGGCUUUCAUUCCUUUAGUUGCCCAUAAUCCACAGCAGAUUGUCUUGAUGGGUGAUCACAAGCAGACACGACCGAUAGUGCAGUGUGCCAUUGUUAAAAAGAUGGGGAUGCAGCAAUCUCUGUUUGAACGUUACAUGAAAUUGGCUAUAAUGUUGGACACACAGUACAGAAUGCAUGAAGAAAUUUGCCGGUUUCCGUCGGAGGAGUUUUACGAAGACAAGCUAAAAACAGCAGCUAAACGUGGACCCUGUUACCUGCUUAAUAAGGACAAACUUCCUACGGCCAUCCUGUUUGGCCACGUCGACGGGAAAGAAGAAAGUUUGGUGGUGUCCACAGAACAGGGGAAUGAGAACUCAAUGAAAAACGCUGAGGAGGCAAAGCAGGCUGUCAAUGUGGCAGAUCUUUUGAUCAAACGUUCAGGUGUCAGCCCUGAUCAAAUUGCGAUUCUGACUCCAUAUAAUGCACAGGUGUCUAAUAUCCGAAAACACCUGAAGGAAAGUGGCAUUCAAAAUGUCAAUGUUUGCACAAUUAUGAAAAGUCAAGGGAGCGAGUGGCCGUAUGUGAUCCUUUCUACUGUCCGUUCCUGCUCCAUGACUGACACAGACAUUAACAAAUUCAGUAAAGCCUGGCUGGGCAAAAGACUUGGAUUUAUCACUGAUGAAAAUCUGGUUAAUGUGGCGAUAACUCGUGCACAGGAUGGACUUUGCAUUCUGGGUAACAGUGACCUCUUAAGAUGCAGUGAUCUUUGGGAAAAGAUCCUGGAUCAUUAUGGUAAAAAGAAAUGUGUGGUAAAUCCAGCUAGUAACAUUCAGGUUCAACGCAAGAAAACAGACAACGGUGUCAAAUCUGGUACAAUUUGAAACUUGUGACCAAGAACUGUCCAAGCUCUGUUCUACAUGAAAGACUUCAUUACUUCAUAUCUUCCCUUGGGUCAUUUCUACAAUUCCCAAAUUUUUAGAACUUUCAGGGUCGUGAAAACUCUUUUUUUAUCUUUAUUUUGUUUAUCUUGUUGAAGAUAUGUUAUGAGAUUUACUAAAUUACUAUUUACUUCUGAUCAAACACAUAUAUAUAUAUAUAUAUAUAUUGGCAGACGCUUUGAUCCAAAGUGACUUACAUUGCAUUAUACUAUACAUUUGUUUUUGUGUGAAUUUUUUUUAUAUUUUUAAACUUAAACUUAAAACUAUUCUAUUGCUUAUGCUUAUGAUUUUGUCCUUUUUAAUAUGAAUAUUUCCUAAAACUACAUUAUUUUGAUAUCCAGAAAACUGAAAGACAUCUAAAAAUGAGACAAACCAAACAAAGUCUGUCCUAUUAAAUGUGACUCUGUCUAUGAAAACCUAGCUGAAGUCAGUGUUUUACAUACAAAAUCAUCCAACGGCCUUCCAGCCGGCGUCAUGUCUUAUUUUGACUUCUUCUAUUAUUCGUGUUUUUUUAUCAUGCUUUGUAUAGUUAGUAUUAUUGUUUUGGUUUGUCUGUCUUGUCUUGUUUGUUCCUUGAUGAUCAACAGGAUUCUGCUCCUUAAGAGGGGGCUUCUGUCAUGAAUCUGUCCCAUCUUGUCAUGUUUCUCUUGAUCUAGUGGCAGGAUCAUGACAGAACCUCAUGUUUUGUGUGGAAAGAGGCAUUUUUGUCCCAGUUGGCGAUCCACAUGCUCUCUCCAGGUCUUGUCUCUGUUCCCGCACUUUAGUCUCAUUAUUGGUUGUCAAGCAGUUCAUGCCCUACACCUGUUACCUCUUGAUUUGUCCCAUUACUAAAGCCCCUGUGCCUUGUGCUGGUUCAUUUGUGGGUGAGUUCCUGUUGAUUCUAGUUAAGUUAUUUGUAGUUAUGUCAUGUCAUGUUUAACCUUUUAGUCCUGUUUAAGUGAUCUUAGUCCUGUCCUGUUAGUAUAGUCCCCUGUUUUGUUGUCACCCCAUCGUGUUUUUUUUCUGUCUUUCUGUUAUUAUUUAUUAAAGUCUUGUUAACCCACUAACCGCUGUUUGCACCUGGGUUCUCUGUCCGUGUCUCACCCCCCUACGUUCAUGAAAUAGUUACCAUGAAACUAAUUAUAAUACAAAUAUUUAAGAGGUAAAGUUUCAUU